GUAAAUUUCCUGUGUCCCCAACACGUCAUUCUCCCCGGUAUAUAUCCAUCCUUCCAUCCCUGUCAGUCAUCACAGCUUAUACAGCGAACAAAAGCAGCCAGCAGCCCUGGGCUCGCCGGUGCUAGCUAGCUCGAUCGAGGACCCGAUCGAUCCCCUUUAAUUCCAAUGCCGCCGCCGUCCACUUCCAACGCCCAACACUCCCCUCACGCCAUGCUUCUUCUUCUCCGGCGCCGGCGGCCGAUCGACGACCUAUCCACCACCGCCGCCGCGAUCUCCCUCCUCCUCCUUCUCCUCGUCGCCGUUCAGGCUGCGGCCGUCGUCGAGGAAUUCGUGUAUCCGGGCUUCCUCGGUGCCGGGGAGAACGUGACGACUACCGGCGGCGCCGUGGUGACCGCGUCUGGCCUGCUGCAGCUGACCAACUUCACCAAGGAGGAGUUCGGGCAUGGCUUCCACGGCACCCCGAUCCGCUUCAGGGACGCCGCCACGGGCCUCCUGGUCUCCUUCUCCACCACCUUCGUCUUCGCCAUCUUCCCGCGGUACCCCGACGCGCUCGGCCACGGCCUCGCCUUGGCCUUCGCCCCUUCCCCGGCCAUCCCCGGCGCCGUCACGGGGAAAUACCUCGGGCUGUACAACACGUCGAACAGUUUGGGGGCGGUCGACAGCGGGAUCGUCGCCGUCGAGCUCGACACCGCCAGGGACCCCGAGUUCGGCGACGUUGAUGAUAACCAUGUCGGGAUCGACCUCGACGCUCUCCGCUCCGUCAACGCCUCCCCCGCCGCGUACUGGCGGAGCGAUGGCGAUGGCGGGAGGUUUGUUAAUUUCAGCCUGGAUAACGGCGCGGCGAGGCAGGUAUGGAUCGAGUACGACGCCGCCACCGCGUUGCUCGAGGUGACCGUGGCGCCGGCGGGGGAGCCCCGGCCGGCUGUCGCGCUCGUGUCGUACAGCCUCGACGUCUCGUCUUCCUUGGUGGCCCACGACGGCGGUACGUACGUCGGGUUCUCCGCCGCGAACGGCGCCGCCUCGAGCACGCACUACGUGCUGGGAUGGAGCUUCCGCAUCGGCGGCGGGCCCGCGCCGGAGCUCGAUCUGUCCGCGCUGCCGAAGCUCCCGAAGCAGCCGAGGCCGUCCAAGGCCCCGCCGCCGCUCACCGUGGCUCUGCUCGUCGUGCUCGCCGUGGUGGUGGCCCUUGUCCUGGCCGUCGCGGCGACGGUCUUGGUGCGGCGGCGGAGGAGGCGGUUCGCCGACGCGGAGGAAGAAGAGUGGGAGAGCGAGUACGGGCCGCACAGGAUCAGCUACAGGGAUCUCCACGCCGCCACGGACGGCUUCCGCCACGUCAUCGGCGCCGGCGGCUUCGGCCAAGUGUACCGCGGCGUGCUCCCGGCGGGCUCAGGCUCGACAGAGAUCGCGGUGAAGAAAGUGUACCCUCAAGGCCACGGUUCGUCGCAGCAGGGGCUCCGGGAGUUCAUAUCGGAGAUCGCGAGCAUGAGCCGGCUCCGGCACCGGAACCUGGUCCGGCUCCUCGGCUACUGCCGCCGGCGCGGCGGCGAUGGCGAGCUGCUCCUUGUCUACGACUACAUGCCCAACGGCAGCCUGGACCGGCACCUCUUCGUCCCCAGCUCCGGCAACUCCAAGCGCCACCCGCUGAGCUGGGAGCAGCGAGCGAAGAUCAUCCAUGGCGUCGCUGCGGGAUUGCUGUACCUCCACGAAGGGUGGGAGCAGGUGGUGGUGCACCGGGACGUGAAGUCCAGCAACGUGCUGCUCGAUGGCGCCAUGAACGCCAAGCUCAGCGACUUCGGGCUCGCGCGGCUUUACGACCGCGGCGGCGGCAGCGGCGAGCAGCGGACGACGAGCAUAGUGGGCACGCCGGGCUACAUCGCGCCGGAGAUGAGCAAGACGGGGAGAGCCACCGCGGCCACCGACGUCUUCGCCUUCGGGGCCUUCCUGCUCGAGGUGGCCUGCGGCCGCCCGCCCAACGCACCGGGAGCCGGAGCCGGAGACAACGACGACGACGACAACUACCCGCCGGGGCUGGUGGACCUGGUGGCGGGGAGGUGGAAGGCCGGGGAGAUCAAGGCGGCGAGGGACCCGAGGAUGGCGGUGGCCGGGGAGCAAGAGGAGGGUGAGGUGGAGACGGUGCUCAAGCUCGGGGUGCUCUGCUCGCACCCGGACCCGCGGCGGCGGCCGGGCAUGAGGCGGGUGGUGCAAGUGCUCGAAGGGGCCGCGCCGGCGCCGGAGACGAUGCCCGAGGACCUCGGCGCGGGCUUGUUCGGGUACGGCGGCGAGGCGUUCGACGAGUUCGUCGACACCGGGUUCACGGCGUCGUCCGAGGGCACCACCGCCACGAUCACGCGGCCGUCCUCGUCGCGUUCCCCCGAGGAGAAACAGCAGCUCAUUACUGCUGAUUAAUUAGUGGCGAUUCAUUCUCGUUUGUCUUGGAGCUAACCAACUUUUGGCAAUUUCUGCACCUGUGCUGUUUAACUGUCAGAUAGCAGGUUUUCGGUUGAGCUUGAUCGACCUCGAGGUGGAUUUUUUUUUUCAGAAUACUUUUUUCUCUGUAUUUUUUACAGCUAAAGUUUUAGCGCAACAUGGUCUAGCAAUCGCAAACCGAGCCAACGAUAGAAUUUUCUUACCAACGUACGAUUCUCCUAGCGGUGAGAUUACUAUUCUGAGGUGGGCGACGAAGUCUUUUUCAUUGCGAAAACCAUACAAAGCUCUCGUCAGCAGAUCGUUCGCUCCGAGAGACUAAAGAACGAACGUUCGCUCAAUAUAAAUUCCAAUUUUUGUGCUAAUAGCAAAUAGCUUUCCUGGUUCACAUGUACUUCGAUGGAAGUACUCCAAAAGGUUUCCUAUUACAGCACGAACCGAGUGUAUUUAUUUUAUGUUACAAGGGAGAUGCACGUACCAAACGGCACAUGAGCACCAUGAUUCCAUGAAUGAUAAAAUUGCAGAGUAUCGGAACUGACUUAAUUGCCCAUCACCUUAAAUGGUAAAAAAAAAA